AUGGAAGCGCCACGUAAACGACAACGCGCCAAUACGAACGGCGACUCAGCUGUUCCGCAGACAGCUCGAGCGUCAUCCGUCUUGCCUGCACCCGCAAUACCCGAAGCCGACAUGAAGGGCUUCAUCGACAUUUUACACGCCGCCGAUAACGGACAGCUCGUCAAGGAUUUCUCACUCGAGUGUUAUAUUGUUUCGCCUAUCGUCGCCUCGAUGAUGCGCCGCUUUUACAAUUAUCACGGCCAGCUCCAAGAAGAGCGGAGCGUGGAGGGCGCCGGAGAGACCGGACCAGGCGACAGAGCAGGACUUGAGCAUGGGGUCGAUGCAGUUGUACAGGACGGAAGCGAGCGGGAUAUCCGACCUACUGCCAUCGACUUCCAGUAUUACGCAGACCACGUGUGGCACGCGAUCAACGAGCGCUACAGCAAAUGCAGUAGCUCAAAGCAAUGGGAUGCUUCAUUCGUUGUCACGAACGAGAUAGAUGACAUCACCAAGGUCAUCCAGGACAAAGCCACUCAAGCACAUGCUCAUCCCGAAACGCAGAGAUCAGCGCUUGAAACGCUGCGCAAUAUCGGAGUGGCUAUAUGCAAUAGCACAGACGAGAUUGGUUACCGCAUCCGUAUUAUGUUCCAAUUGCAUACUGGCCUGCUUGACGCCAUGAAAGCCAUCAUCGACAAGAUGACCGAUGACGAGCGCAAAAGGCUGCGCGAGAUGCAGAACGGAGAAGCAAGCUUCGUGAAGAAGAUGAGGAGGUUUCAGCGUCUUGCAGGUAGUUAUUGUAUUCUCAAGGGCGUUGGAGGAGUUAUCGAACACCUUUAUGGGGAGGAAGCUGAAGUGCUAGAAAAUUUGGAGGAGCCAGACUCGGACGAAGGUGAAACUGGCUGGGAGUCAGGUUCGAGCUGGGGGCCUGGAGUCUACCGUCCUUAUUACAGACCGCCAAUCAACUACCGAGGAUGGUGA